UCCCUCCCGACAACACAGGAUGCAAGCAGGCGGCGUUGCUGCUAAAACACGCUAUUUUGUCCUACUGCUGUUAGAAUUUCGAACGCGUCCAGAGUAAAAAAAAAGAAAAGAAAAAAAAACGCCAGGUGGGGAAGCAUUGGGAGCGUAACGCCUUUCUCGCCGGUUUAGGUCGACUCGCCCACGUUCCGGUUAAUAUCGGUUGUGCACUGAAGAAAUAUAAUCCGGUUUGAGUUGUGCGCGGCAAUCGAGCCAGCUAGCUAAGGCGACGACUUCUGUGGAGACAAGCGGCUGCCGGGGGGACGGAAUGGAGCUCAUCACGAUCCUCGAAAAAACUGUCUCUCCAGAUCGGAAUGAACUGGAGGCGGCACAGAAGUUUCUGGAGCAGGCGGCGAUUGAGAACCUGCCAACAUUCUUGGUAGAGCUGUCCAAGGUUCUAGCAAACCCAGGGAAUACCCAGGUUGCUCGUGUGGCAGCCGGCCUGCAGGUUAAGAACUCUCUGACCUCAAAAGACCCAGAUGUCAAAACCCAGUACCAGCAGAGAUGGCUCGCCAUCGAUGUCAAUGCACGCCGCGAAAUCAAGACCUUUGUUCUUCAAACGCUGGGCACAGAAACGUAUCGGCCCAGCUCUGCAUCCCAGUGUGUUGCAGGGAUUGCCUGCGCCGAGAUUCCAGUCAGCCAAUGGCCUGAGUUGAUUCCCCAGCUGGUGGCUAAUGUGACUGACCCCUCCAGCACCGAGCACAUGAAGGAGUCCACUCUGGAAGCUAUUGGAUACAUCUGCCAGGAUAUAGACCCAGAGCAGCUACAGGACAACGCCAACCAAAUCCUGACGGCCAUCAUCCAGGGCAUGAGAAAGGAGGAGCCAAGCAACAACGUCAAACUGGCUGCUACAAACGCUUUGCUCAACUCGCUGGAGUUCACCAAAGCCAACUUUGACAAGGAGACGGAGAGACACUUCAUCAUGCAGGUGGUGUGUGAAGCAACGCAAUGCCCUGACACCAGAGUUCGUGUUGCAGCCUUACAAAACUUGGUGAAGAUCAUGUCUCUGUACUACCAGUACAUGGAGACCUACAUGGGCCCUGCUCUCUUCGCGAUUACUAUAGAGGCCAUGAAGAGUGACAUAGAUGAGGUCGCCUUACAAGGCAUCGAGUUCUGGUCCAAUGUCUGUGAUGAGGAGAUGGACUUGGCUAUUGAAGCCUCUGAGGCUUCCGAGCAGGGGCGCCCCCCAGAGCAUACCAGUAAAUUCUACGCCAAAGGGGCCUUGCAGUACCUGGUUCCCAUCCUCACCCAAACCCUCACUAAACAGGAUGAGAACGAUGAUGACGACGACUGGAACCCAUGUAAGGCGGCUGGAGUGUGUCUGAUGCUUCUGUCAACGUGUUGUGAGGACGAUGUGGUUCCCCAUGUCCUGCCCUUCAUCAAGGAGCACAUCAAACACCCUGACUGGCGCUACCGGGAUGCCUCUGUCAUGGCCUUUGGGUCUAUCCUGGAGGGACCUGAACUCAAUCAGCUCAAACCCCUCGUCAUACAGGCUAUGCCCACCUUGAUAGAGCUAAUGAAGGACCCCAGUGUAGUGGUGAGGGACACCACAGCCUGGACAGUUGGGAGGAUCUGUGAACUGCUGCCCGAAGCUGCCAUCAAUGAGGUGUACUUGGCCCCGUUGCUACAGUGUCUGAUAGAGGGAUUGGGAGCAGAGCCUAGAGUUGCCUCAAAUGUCUGCUGGGCGUUCUCCAGCCUGGCAGAAGCAGCAUACGAGGCCACAGAUGUAGCGGAGGGCCAGGAGGAGCCUAGCACAUACUGCCUCUCCUCUUCCUUUGAAAUCAUUGUACAGAAACUUUUGGAGACCACAGACAGGCCUGAUGGCCACCAGAACAACUUGCGCUCUGCAGCCUAUGAGGCGCUAAUGGAGAUAGUCAAGAACAGUGCCAAGGACUGCUACCCUGCUGUCCAAAAAACCACCCUGGUUAUCAUGGAGCGGCUGGAGCAGGUCCUGCAGAUGGAGUCUCACAUCCAGAGCACCUCAGACAGAAUCCAGUUUAACGACCUGCAGUCGCUACUGUGUGCCACUCUUCAGAAUGUGCUUCGUAAGGUUCAGCACCAGGAUGCGCUGCAGAUCUCAGACGUGGUGAUGGCCUCCCUGCUCAGAAUGUUCCAGAGCACCGCAGGCUCUGGGGGGGUACAGGAGGAUGCCCUCAUGGCUGUCUCGACACUUGUGGAAGUGCUGGGUAGUGAUUUCCAGAAAUACAUGGAUGCCUUCAAACCUUUCUUGGGCAUUGGACUCAAGAACUACGCUGAAUAUCAGGUGUGUCUUGCAGCAGUGGGUCUGGUGUGCGACCUGUGCAGAGCUCUGAUGACAAACAUUCUGCCUUACUGUGAUGAGAUCAUGCAACUCCUACUGGAGAACCUGGGAAAUGAGAACGUGCACAGGUCUGUGAAGCCUCAGAUCCUGUCGGCAUUUGGUGACAUUGCUCUGGCGAUUGGAGGAGAAUUCAAGAAAUACCUGGAGAUUGUCCUGGAUACGCUGGAACAGGCCUCACAGGCCCAGGUUGACAAGACGGACUAUGACAUGGUGGACUAUCUGAAUGAGCUUAGGGAGGGUUGUCUGGAAGCUUAUACUGGGAUCAUCCAGGGCCUGAAGGGAGACCAAGAGAAUGUCCACCCUGAUGUGAUGCUGGUUCAGCCUCGGGUGGAGUUCAUCCUAUCAUUCAUCCACCACAUAGCAGAGGAUGACGACCACUCUGAUGGAGUGGUGGCCGACGCUGCAGGACUCAUAGGUGACCUGUGCACAGCCUUUGGUAAGGACGUAAUGAAGCUGGUGGAGGUGCGUCCACUCAUCAAUGACUUGCUGACAGAGGGCCGUCGCUCUAAGACCUCCAGAACGAAGACUCUGGCAACCUGGGCCACCAAGGAGCUCCGCAAACUUAAGAGCCAAGCCUGAUGCACUGCUGGUCAGGAGAGAGAUCGACAUCAGUGAACAAUGAGGAAAAAUUGCCCCACUGGAAUUAAAUCUUCUGUCUUUUGCGCGUGUGGCCAGGUCAAAGCAGAAGCCAAGUGUGUGCUGAGAUGAGUGUCUGUGUGUGAGAGAGCGAGAGAGCACAAGCGAGAAACGUGUGAACGAGAGAGAUGAUUGACAUCACACCACCUUCUGAGUACAAUUCCAGCAGUCGCCAGCAGACUAGCAGCGGCUCCCCCCUACACCUGCCCCUUGGGUCAUUUUAAAUGACCCUUGAACCCCCUGAAACUCCCACCUGUCUUGACCUUUGAACACCCCCACCCUUCUUUGAUGCCCUGUGGACUGUACUGUAUCUGGACUAAGAUGAGAACCCCACCCCCGCUCACACCUUUUCCAAAAUAAUUAGAAAAACUUUCCCUGGAGCCCCACAAGUGAACUCUAACCCAAACUGCCCACCGAAUCCUGAACCUCCCACGCUCCCCCUUUGCGCCCUCACUGUAGUGGGGCUGGCUGUAUAGCUCUGGCUUAGACAAGCCUAAACUAACAUGUAGUAGUCAGCAAUGAUCUGUUGCUAGAAUACAACACAUCACCAAGCAGUUCGCCUCCCUGUAGGAAGUUGGGUUGGAACCCAAAAAACCAGAGACCAACUACAAACAUCAACAGUGACUAGAGAUGAAACAUGGGGUGUUGGGGGUUGUUUGGAAUUUAAAAAAACAACAACAAAAAGAGAAAACGGACUUUUGAAUUCAAAAAUGACAUAAGGAAGAAAAUACUCCACGGAUGUUUGGACUUAAGUUGCUUUCUGGUCUGUGGAUUACUUAAUGCUUCAUUUUGAUGUUUUGUUUUUUCUCAUCUGCUCAUCUUCCAACCACUCUUACAUUGUCGCAGAAACCCCAGUACAGCAAAGAUGCUCUGAAUAGGACUGUGAGUUUGGACCAGAGUAGGAUUGUAGACAGUAAAACCAUGUAAGAAAGAUGGAGUGUGGCUUUCUCUUAGAUGCCUGCUAGAAAUGUCCCUCACUCAACAUGACUACCACUCAUCCACCUUCACUCUUUCUAAGGGGGCCCAGACCCACUUUCAUGGGUUGUGUUUGCCAACAAUGAUGCAUUUUUGUCAUUCCUAAAACUUGGUUAAAAAGUUAAAAUUUAAGGAGGUGGUGGUUAUGGUUGAGUUUGCUGUUAAAAGGUAUAAUAAUAAAAUUAAAAAAAAUAGAAUCUAAACAAUAGGAAGGUUGAUAAGACAUGUUUCACUAUUAGAUCUGUGUCUUUUCCAACUGGGACAGACAGACAGGCAGGUUAGUGUCUGUAGCACCAGGCACUUGGCAGAUGUCUGUUGGCACUGACAACACCUCUACCUGUUUUAGUUUUUCCUGUGGGGGAUUUAUUUUACAUUGUGUUAUCUUUUUCAGCGGCAUUCUGAGUUGCUUCUCUUGUCUAGUGUGCACGCGUCACGGAUUCUCAUGAAUUGGAGCUGUUGGGAUUUGCUGCUUGCGACUCCUAGAAACAGAACAGCCUUGGACUAAAGCAUCGGUGAGGAUUCCAAAGAUCAAGAGGAAUGCUCUUAAAGAAAAUUCAAGUACUAAAAUUUUAACGAAAACGUAUCACUUGGGAAAAUCUCCUUUUCUGACUUACUUUGGCCCGAGAUAGGGCCAAGAGGAGAGUGCCAAAUUGGGGAGACUAGCUCAGUGGCAAGGCUGUGACAGGCCAGCUACCUGGCCAGGUAUGCGAAUCAUGUCUGCCCAGGGAGAAGAUGGCUGUCGAUAUCCUUGCUGUUCCCAAUCGACCAGUCAAAUUGGGUUCAUUGUGCUUGGAGAUGCUUCAAUUCUCUGCUGGUAGGUUUUUUUUUGUUUUUUUUUUUACCCCUUUUCUUUCUCUUUUUUCCCCCUCCCCCGCUGCACUUGGUUUGGGAAAGGGUCACUCACCAUUUGCUUGUUUGAAAAUUAAAAUUGAGAAUUGAAGACGUUUGUAUAAGGUUAUAUUUUUCCAUUGCUAUGAAAAAUAAAGGAAAAAAAAAACAAUAAAAUGAUAUCAAACAUUC